AUGAGCUCUUGGGUUCUGCACCUGUGCCUCUCACUGGCUCUCUCCCUCCAUGGUGGAGCAUUCCAACCUCUUCCGGUCCAGCCUCCACAGGUUUCGUUUGCCGAGGGGACCACGGCUGUCCUGAGAUGCCCCCUGGAGAGGGGCGAGAUCCAGGACUAUCAUGCCUUCUGGUUCCGGCAGAAGCCAGGCGACCGGCCAGCCCAUAUUCUGAAGCAUCAUAUAGACGGUCAAAUAGAGCGAACCAAUGCAUUCAAUGAAAGAUUUGUGCCCGUCCGGGAUGCUGGAGCCAAUGCCUAUGCGCUGCAGAUCCAGGCCGUACGCACAGAGGACAGCGCCACUUAUUGGUGCGUGGCAGAGAUAAAUCACUUCAACACUUUCGCCUCAGGGGCUGGAACACAGCUCAGCGUCACAGGAGGAAAAUCAGCCAAAGCACCAGCCUCGGUCACCCUCUUGUCCGAUGCCGCUGCCCCAAUGCCCGACUCCCCCAUGCUCCAUGCCUUGUGCCUGGCCAAGCAAUUCUACCCAGGCUUUGUGGAGAUCAAAUGGAGCGCAGCCGGGAAUGCCGUCUCGGAAGGGGUGACGCCUGGAGCGGUGGUCUUGAACGACAAUGGUUCCUAUAGCACCACCAGUAUCCUGUGUGUCCCCCGCAACCUCCUUAGCAGUAACGCCUCUAUCAAGUGCUCGGUGCACCAUUAUUCUUCCGGCGCCAAGGUAGAGAGGAGCCUGGAGCAGCCGUGCUAG